AUGGAAGAAAAGGUCAUUAAAAAAAGUCCUAAGUUGCCUAAUUCCUCUAAAGUUCACCCCUUUGAGGAAAACGUUGGGAAAGAGAUUUACUUGGUUAUGGAGGGAGGUCAAAUUGUUUAUCGGAAUCUUUUGGACAAGAAAGUUUCAGAGGUGAAUCAUGGGAACCUGGAGAACUAUCUAUAUAACGCUGAACGGUAUCAAAUUUUGCUCCGACAUUAUGAAGCCAAACAAAUGACUGUCGAACAGUGGCAUACCAUUUACCCAUUAAACAAAGAUACAGUGACCUCGAAAAACUUUGACAUCACAACUUUGUCCAUCCUAGUCCUCUACACGUGCAAUUUUACGGGCGAGUUACUGCAGGAUAUUCAGCAGCUAAGGAAAAAACGGAAUUAUUUGUUCCAGCAUGUUGACGAAGGCAUUCCAGACACAAAAUUUGAACAUGAAUAUGAAAAUGUUCUGCAAAUACUAGUAGAUCUAGGGCAUUGGGUGAGUAAUGAUGUGGAAAAUAAACUCAAAGAUCUUGCUAGAUACGUGAAAGGCAUGCCUGUGACUCAAGAAAUUCUUGACCACUACGUCACUUCACUGCAGACAUGGUGCUUCAGCGAAAUGGGCAUCAACAAGUGUCUUUCUGAAUUGAAAUCAAUUUUAAAGGUCGGGAAAAUUAAUUCAAAACAUACAAGUAAAGUUCUCGAAAGACUGAAGUCACUAACAGAAGAAAAUGGAAAAAUUGGCAUGAAGCUGGAACCUGGACUUCAACCAGCUCUGCUAAAGAAAGAGCUCGCCAAAAUAGCAUUCAAACUCAGGCAGCAAAAGGGAAGCGACAAAGAACUGGUGAUGGUGAAGACUAUAAUGGGUGCACUGACCACAGACUGCGACGAUAAUCGGGAUCUGGAAAACAUCUCAAAGAAACUUCCAAGAUUCCACGAAUUCCACGAUAAUUUCUGUUUUAAUUUGAGGAACUUUGUUCAAGAAAAUCUUGCAAAUAUUUUACAAGUUGAUGGGUCUUUAAUGGCAGAAGUAUUCUUCAGAAUUUACAGAGGAGAAAUUCGUUGUCCUCAGCUGGAAGUUAACACAAUGAAAGAACUUCAUAAUCCCAAUAAACAGAAACUAUUUCUGCAGGGUAUGGACAACCUUAAAAUGACAGUCCAAAAACGAUCAUUGUUCCUGCAAGAGAUUUCUGCCAGAACAACCUGGCUAGCGGUACUACAUGAUUUAAGCGCAUGGGAAGAUGCUAUUCUGAGGGUGUUUAGAGACCAAGGCAUGCAGCGGAAAUUGACACAAGCGGGACCUUGCUGUCUGGGGUCCAAAAUUUCUGAAGAUAUUGUCAUAGAUAUAAAUAUUGUAUGGAAAGCAUACAAGGAACAAGGAAAAUGUUACGAAGAAUUCACUGCUAGCAACAGUACUUGUCAUUUUUAUCUGGACAGGUAUUUCUUGACCGGUGACUAUUCGAGUGAAAUGGAAGUUAAACCACCACCAAACAUAAUCAUAGAGAUACUAUUAAAGAAAGGGGGUGAAUAUGACUUACGUAUGGAAGAAAAAUUAAGUUUCGCUCUACAGAUGGACUGGAAAAACGAAAUAAUGACUGACGGUUUGGAGGUGGAAGUGACUGUUGAAAGUGCGGCUCCAAAAAUGGACUUCCGGUUUUCGUCAAGAGACACCAUCAAAAAAUUCAAUCAGACUUCAUCAGUAAAGGAUGUGGUUUCAAAUAUAUUUGAAAAGAAGAGGAUAAAAGACCUUUUAGAGAGAACCUCAUUAGAUGUUAUCGUCAGGGCUGAGUUUCAUAUGUCCGAAUAUUCAGUUAAAGGCAUUGUUGAACCAGGUGUACCCUCCCCGCCAAGACACGUGAAGGUAAUUGAUGCCACCACCCAUACUCUUACCAUAGAAUGGAAAGAACCAAAAAUAGACUAUGGACUACCCAUACUCGCCUACCACGUGGAACGAUUUGACUUUAUAAAGAAGAAAUGGAUAAGGACCGGAAACACGGAGCCCCCAGUGACGACCUACAGGAUCGCUGACCUAGAAAUGGGACACAAGUAUAAAAUACGAGUGUUAGCCGUGAACAAACUGGGUCGCAGCAAUCCCUGUACAACAGAUGGUCCUGUAUCCCUCCUACGUCUGCCAGGUAGUCGUGGAAAAUCUUUAGCAGUAAAUAGAAAAGAAAGAAGGAUCAAAAUAUGAAACUACAU